AGAGGUGACGAGAGCUGAACACAAGGAGCGCUCUGGCUCCUCCGUGGGAAAGGAACUUCAGACAUGCUGCUGCUCAAGAAACAGACGGAGGACAUCAGCAGCGUCUACGAGAUCCGGGAGAAGCUCGGCUCGGGCGCUUUCUCAGAGGUGGUGCUGGCGCAGGAGCGGGGCUCUUCGCACCUUGUCGCCCUCAAGUGCAUCCCCAAGAAGGCCCUUCGAGGCAAGGAGGCCCUGGUGGAGAACGAGAUCGCGGUGCUCCGCAGGGUCAGCCACCCCAACAUCGUGGCUCUGGAGGAUGUCCACGAGAGCCCUUCCCACCUCUACCUGGCCAUGGAGCUGGUGACCGGGGGCGAGCUGUUUGAUCGCAUCAUGGAGCGCGGCUCCUACACAGAGAAGGACGCCAGCCACCUGGUGGGCCAGGUCCUCGGCGCUGUCUCCUACCUGCACAGCCUGGGCAUCGUGCACCGAGACCUCAAGCCUGAAAACCUCCUCUAUGCCACGCCCUUCGAGGACUCCAAGAUCAUGGUCUCUGACUUUGGCCUCUCCAAAAUCCAGGCUGGCAACAUGCUGGGCACCGCCUGUGGGACCCCGGGAUACGUGGCCCCGGAGCUCUUGGAGCAGAAACCCUACGGGAAGGCCGUAGACGUGUGGGCCCUGGGUGUCAUCUCCUACAUCCUGCUGUGUGGGUACCCCCCCUUCUACGACGAGAGCGAUCCUGAGCUCUUCAGCCAGAUCCUGAGGGCCAGCUACGAGUUCGACUCUCCCUUUUGGGAUGACAUCUCCGAAUCAGCCAAAGACUUCAUCCGGCACCUUCUGGAGCGAGACCCCCAGAAGAGGUUCACCUGCCAGCAGGCCUUACAGCAUCUCUGGAUCUCCGGGGACGCGGCCUUUGACAAGGACAUCUUGGGCUCAGUCAGUGAGCAGAUCCAGAAUUUCGCCCGAAACCACUGGAAGCGAGCAUUCAAUGCCACCUCCUUCCUGCGCCACAUCCGCAAGCUGGGGCAGAGCCCAGAGGGUGAGGAGGCCUCGGGGCGGAGGAUGGCCAGCCACAGCCACCCCGGCCUCCAGACUGGCCAGCUCUCUAAGUGGUGACACCCAGGCAGAUGCUGAGGCCGACGGCAUCGACCCCCACUCCCUUCCAAUGGACCCUUCAGUUCCCCCCUCUCCCCCUGCCCACGGGGCUGGCCUCUGCGCACGAGUUUGAGUCCUGUGGGCGGGGUGCAUGGCGCGUGGGGUGGGGGGGCAUGUCCACAGGGGCUCCUUUCCCCUGUCGCUGCCACAUCCCUUCUAGAAGCCAAGAGGCCCCAGGGGCUGUCCUUGCUGCGUGCUGUUCUGUGCUUCGCUGACUGUGAGUGGUGCUGCUUGUGUCGUGGCCCCCCAGCCCUCUCCGGUUUCCCCCAGAUCAAUAAAGACAGACAGAGCAA